AUGCAAUCAGAUCAUACAUGGUCAUCCGCCAGCCUGGCUGCUGGCAGCGUGAUCCAUGCAUCUCAUCUGGUUGCUAAAGGCAGGUUGGCCAAUGCCUUCCUAGUGGUGCGACCCCCAGGCCAUCAUGCUAUGCGGUCUGAAGCCUGUGGUUACUGUAUUUUCAACAACGUUGCCAUAGCUGCACUAUCACUUUUGGCUCCACGAUUAGUCUCUUCCGCUAUUUCACCAAUCAACCCAGACAGGCUAAUAUUAGACAGUGAUCAAGUAGGUUACAACAGCAUGUCUAUUACCUCUGUAUUUCAACUACCACCCCAGACAACACAUUAUGAAUCAGCAGUUGCAUUCCCUACUGUCAGCAGUGUUACAGGCACGUUUUCAGUUCCAAAUCCGACUUCUGACUCCAGUCUUGGCUCUGGGCAUCUUUCUUCAAGUGAACGUCCCCCUCUUAUUCCGCAGUCAACUUAUAGCCGAAAUGUGUACCACUUAACCAAAGCCAACACCUCUGCAGAUAGGGUUCCCAGGUUUAUUGGUCAAAAGCAGAGAUCUACGGGCACUGGCUGGUUAGAACGGAUUUUAAUUGUCGAUUGGGAUGUGCAUCAUGGCCAAGGCACGCAAUAUGCCUUCUAUGAUGAUAAUCGCGUUCUUUUUAUCUCUAUUCAUCGAUUUGAAACGGGCAAAUUUUGGCCUAAUCUUCGAGAGUCAGAUUAUGAUUUCACUGGCACUGGUGCGGCAGCCGGGUUCAACACUGGAAUGACGGACAGCGAUUAUUUGGCAAUUUUCCACAAUCUUAUUUUGCCUAUCUCCUAUGAGGUAAAUUGUCCACUUAUCCAAAUAGUGAUAGAAUUGUCGUCCCUUCACCUCUUAUUUAAGUUAUUUGCCUGGAGAAAACUCCAGGCAAAAUAG